CACAUCGAUCAACAUGCUUCUUUUCCCCCAUCAUCUACCCAAGAACCACUUCGCGAUAGCACCAAUCGCAAAUACCUUGAUCAUUCGAACGGAAGCUGGCGAUCAACUUCCAGGAAAUCUUGUUACCUCACAGACCUAGCAAUCUCGGAAGUUGGCUCGUCCGAUAUAUCGAUAUACAAUGCAUCAAGAGCGCCAUCAUGCGUAUCAGACAUUGCUUCGGAUUCGAGUCACCAUCGUUCCUCCAAUCAUUCCAUUGCUGCCGAUCACGAGGCCCAGCCUAUUCACGCACGAGCAAAGAGCGAAGGAAGUGCUCAACAUGACAUGGUCCGGUUCGUCAAUCGUCCGCACGGCACGCCUCUCUUCACCAUCGCCGAGCAAAAGUCGCUAGCCACGCUCCGAACCCAGAUCUCCUUCGCUUCUUUCAGGAGGAGAGGACCCACUUCUCUCGUUACGACAUCCUCCGGAAAACCUAAGGCUGCCAGCGUCGAUGAUACGGUACUAUACACGACCCGACGUGUACCCUCCCGUAAUACUCAAGCUUCGUCAAUACCCAGCUCUAGGGGUGAUCCAGUGCAUCCUUGGCAACCACCAUUUGUGCCACCUCAUCGUGUGAAGACGCCCGAAGGUGUACCACACUGGCCAGCAACCGCUCGUGUCUCUCUCGUACGAAGCAUAGCAAGAACCCUGAGCUCCGCGACCUCAUUGUCUCCAGGCGAAGGCACUCGUUUCGUCUUGAGGACUCUGCGUUCAGAGAUUCGAUUACGUCGUAGACCACAACCUCGUAAUUGGCGUCCACCAGUCAGUGGACAUUCGACAUAUCAUUACGACCAACCUUCUGAACAUCCGCUCAACAGUGCACGCCUCGCAGAGGUCAUACAAUCAGAAGAUGAUAGACAGGAUGAGACGCAAGCUUCGCUACUCCCAGUGCCAACUCUCGCAGAGAGACAAUCUUUGGAUAGGCGGUGUCGUUCAAAGUCAGCCAACGCUUCCCUGGCUCAACGAGCGCUCGGGGCCAUUGAUGGUAACGCCAUUCCGAUCAACCCUGCUCAAGCAAUCAGAGCUCGUUCCGUAUCAGUCCCUCAAAGGUUGGGAAUAACAGAAGCCUCGUCGACUUCGAGACCACCCAUCCAGAAUGCGGUACAGACGGGCCAAAGUACAGAAGUUUAUCCUUCUGAUACGAUACGGACCAUCGAAACGAUCGAGAGCUUUCCGUCACCGCCAUCCAGGACGUCGACGAAGACAAGGGAACGAUUGCCAUUCUUUGCGCCAGUACCUCAGAGAGCUCCGUUCGCUCAUUUCUUGGAUGAGGGAAACUCGACGACAGGGGGUACACCACCAAUCCGGGGUGAGCAGGACAGGUACACCUUCUCGGGUAUGCCGAUAUACCGUGACGAUGCGGCAUCGUUACACAGUCACGAUCGCUCGCAGUUUCGACGGAUGUCCGAUAUGGACNUUCAAGAUGGCGGCAAUGUGCCGCCGGAGCAGACUGAUGUUCGCGAAGGACCAGAUAGUGAGAUGCCAGGCGGUCAAACAGGUUCUCCUCAUGUCACCAACCUAGUCUUGAGUACAAGAGACAAC